AGACCAGGGCCUGGCAUGCGGGAUUUCAGGAGCCCGGGUGGGAUGGAGCGACGCCGGGCCUCGAACCGGGGUCUCGGCCUGGAACCGCUCCCCGCGGCCACGCCCCGGCCGCCGCUAGCCCCGCCCACCCCGCCCCUGAAGGUCCAGGACACGCCCCCGCCGCCUGACCGGCGCCUCGGGCCGGUCAUGUGCUCAGUCAAGAUGGCGGCGCUCAGGGCGGUGGUGCCGCUGCUGCUGGGGCUGUGUCUGCACUGCGCGGCCGCCGCCGUUCCCCUCGUUAUCUGGCACGGGAUGGGAGACAGUUGCUGCAACCCGAUGAGCAUGGGCUACAUCAAAAAAAUGGUGGAGGACAAAAUACCUGGGAUUUACGUUCUGUCUCUCAAGAUUGGAAACAACAUGAUACAGGACAUGCAGAACAGCUUCUUCAUGAACGUGAACGACCAAGUGAGCGCCGUGUGCGGCCAGCUCGCCGCGGACCCCCGCCUGCGAGGGGGCUACAACGCCAUGGGCUUCUCCCAGGGAGCCCAGUUCCUGCGGGCGGUGGCCCAGAGGUGUCCGUCUCCUCCCAUGCUCAGUUUGAUCUCCAUCGGAGGGCAGCACCAAGGCGUGUACGGAUUUCCGCGCUGUCCUGGCGAGAGCUCCCAUGUCUGCGACUGGAUCCGGAAGAUGCUGGAUCUGGGCGCCUACACGCAGGCUGUCCAGGAGCACUUGGUACAAGCUGAGUAUUGGCACGACCCGCUGAAGGAGGAGGAGUACAGGAAGAACAGCGUCUUUUUGGCUGACAUAAACCAGGAGAGGGGCGUCAAUGAGACGUACAAGAAAAACCUGAUGGCUCUGAAGAAGUUUGUGAUGGUGAAAUUUCUCAAUGACACCAUGGUGGACCCUCCGAUCUCCGAGUGGUUUGGGUUUUACAAAAGCGGGCAAGCCAAGGAGACCAUCCCGCUGCAGGAGACCUCGCUGUACAAGGAGGAUCGCCUGGGGCUGCAGGAGAUGGACAAAGCAGGAAAACUGGUGUUCCUGGGGGUGGCCGGGGACCACCUGCACGUCACAGAAGAGUGGUUUGACAGCACCAUCCUCCCCUUCCUCCAGUGAGCCCAACGGGAGGGUCUGGCGCUGCAGUUAACGCAGCUGCUUCUGUGCAACGGCACUUUUUGCAUACGAGCCUGCGGGGAAACGGGGAAGGGGCAGAAAAGGGGUUAAUUCAGCAGUUCCAGGGUGUGCAGUUUGAUUACACUCCAGCACGGGCGGCAGAGCCUCGCGCUGACUCUGAAGGUUCUGGUAACUCGACUUCAGAUGGCAGAGCUGAGGCUGCGCCGCUCGCUCGGUGACGGCGAAUUGCGCAGGAGGUUUGUUGUCCCGUCGCCUGCUCCCCGCGGGACACAACAGCAGUAUUAACCGAAUCACUAGUGCGAGAACGCUGCGUCUCUUGCGGGAUCAGCAGGUAGACCUGUCCACCUGGAUACAGGGGAAAGAGGGGACAGCCUGUCCUUCAGGAUGGGGGAAAAAAGCCACAUUUAAGGGUUUCUGGGGGAAUAAGGAGGGUUUUAAAUUAAGUGGGUAUUAGCAGCUUGAACAGUUUUCAACUAAUGGCUUGUUUUAUGCACUUUUGUACAGCAACUGAAAUCAAUAAAGAACUUCACACCUAAUCAACUAAAAAUAAAUAAAAGGGGUGAGAUUCGACAA